GUAAUCCUACUGUCCCUCUUUUUCCCAGAAAAGAAGCGAAGUUGACGGAUUUAUUUCUACUGCAGUUUUGAAGAAGAAAGCCGGAAGAGGAGAGGAGGGAGAAGAUGAUUUACCGGAAAUGGAGUCUGCUGACAGGUCCGGUCGCCAUUCUUGGCGGAAUAACGGCAGCUGUUGUCGUCGCUAACUUCCUCUUCGUCGAGAAUGAUCGAUUCCUUAAAUCGCAGGAGAAGAAGCCAGAUACCGCAACAUCAACCAAGUAGAAGAGAGUUGACAGUUGCAUUAGCUUGUGUGGGCUCUUUCUUUGUCAAGUAUGUUGCAUUGUGCAGAAAUUUGCAUGCAUAAUUUGCAGUUUGAGACUUGAAUUUGUGAUGUUGAAUAAUGUUGAAUGAUUUCUGGGUUUAAGAUUGUUGCUACACCCAAUCACAAUGUUCAUGACAUUGAAUCAGAAUAGAGCUUAAGUUGCAAUGAAUUAGUUGUUUGCUUCCAUUAUCCUCCUGGAGUUCCUGAUUCCUUGACGCGUGUAUGACUUUUG